AUGUCGGCGCUCUUUGACGAAGACUGCUCCUACGUCAACGAAGACGAUAUUCACUCUUUUGCUAAAGCGCUCGUGUGGGACGAUGACGACUACCUUUCGACUAGCUCGUCUCCAAGUUUGCCCAAGUAUUCUGAAGUGAAACAGGAGGCAGAGGCGAUGGACUCCUUGAAUCUGGAGAAACCAACGUUGAUAGCGCUGGCAUCAGACUGGUUUCCAAUAACGGGGUCCAAGCCAAAGAAGAAGGAGAGCUUGUCUACCAGAGAUCGGUUCACCAACGAGUUUCGGCACCUGUCAUCGUAUAAGCUUCUCCGAUGGCCAGUGUUGGUGUUCAUUCUCAUUUGGGUGGUUAUUUUGUGUUUUGUAUGCAAUUGUGAGAGGACAUACGAGGAGUGGGUGGAGAACGCCAAAGCGUUGGACAAGUACCUUGGGCUUGAAGAGUGGUCUCACAACCCUAAGUUCUCAUACUACGACUACAAGACUGUCCAGAAGACCAUCCACAGAAUCAGAGUGUUGAGGAAAAAAAAUGACGUCUCCAAUUUGAUGGUGUUUUUGCAAGGAUGCCUCAAAAAGAACUUUGCGGGAAUCGAAAACAAACAACUUUACUCCCACAAGUACUAUGGCACCAAAGAUUUGGUUCAUGAAUAUGUGGACGAGGUGAUUCGUUGUAUUGAUUGUGUCACCAAUGCAAGCACGCUGGUCGUGCUGGCAAAGAAAAAACCUUUGUGCCUCAGCGGAGGCGCCUGCUUCGCUUAUACGCAUUUCGGUAUCGUCAAAGCGCUUCUAGACAACGACGUUCUCCCGCUGAUUAUCUCGGGAACUUCAGGUGGUGGUCUUAUAGCGGCUUUGGCGUGCACUAGGACAGAUGAAGAGCUCAGACAACUUUUGGUGCCUCGUUUAGCUAAGAAAAGCACGGCUUGCGAAGACCCUUGCAAAUCGUGUUACUUCACAAAGGGCUCUACCACUUUUCAAGAAGCAUACAAGGCCACGGGCCGUCGUCUCAAUAUCUCCACUGUGCCAGCCGAACCACAUUCACCUGUGAUUCUUUGCAAUUCAAUCACAUCACCAAACUGUAUUAUCUGGUCAUCUCUUCUUGCCUCAUCGGCUGUUCCAGGUAUCCUCAACCCCGUUGUGCUUAUGACGAAAGACAAAAAUGGUGAGGUUGUUCCGUUCAGCUUGGGCAUUAAGUGGAAAGAUGGCUCCUUGCGUACAGACAUUCCUAUCAACGCACUCAACACUUAUUACAAUGUCAACUUUACUAUUGUGUCUCAGGUGAACCCUCAUAUUUCCCUAUUUUUCUUUGCUCUAAAGGGACUGUGGGACGACCUGUGGCUACGCCUAGAAGAAAGACCAAGAAACAAAAAUUUGCGUCGCUUCGGGGAGGAUUUAUUGCUACUGCCUUGGAGCAACUCUUCAAGCUCGAGAUCAAAAGUGGCUCGAGAUUGUGAAAACUCUAGAUUUGCUUCCCAUGUGGCGUGA